UCAUCUGACGUCACCAUGACCGACAACGCCAACAUGGAGUUCUCCCGUCGACUGGCUCUCUUCUCCAACAAUGUCUACGAAAAGCUGUCGGCGCAGAAACCCGGCCAGAACAUCGUCUUCUCACCCUUCUCCAUCCAGACGUGUGCGGCGAUGGUUCGGAUGGGCGCCGAAGGAGAGACGGCCACCCAGUUGGACCAGGGUCUUGGUCUGGCAUCCAGCGACGAGGAAAAAAUCGGCGAUAGUUUCCGCAAGGUACUGGCCGCCUACAAGGACAGCAAGGUCCUGCGGAUCGCCAACAAGAUCUUCGUAAUGAAGGGCUAUCCACUACGACGGCAGUUUGUCCAGCUGCAGACUAAGCAGUUCCUCUCGACGGCGAAGAGCGUAAACUUCGCCAAGAGCGACAAGGCGGCGGCCACCAUAAAUAAGUGGGUAGAAAAGCGCACCAAACACUUGAUAAAAGACUUGGUUCCGGCCACCGCACUGAAUGCCAAUUCACGACUGGUUCUGGUGAGCGCAAUCCACUUCAAGGGCACCUGGCAGCACCAGUUCUCCAUAUAUAAAACCCGUCCGGCUACCUUCCACUUGGAUAAGGACCACAGCGUUUGUGUUUCGAUGAUGGCCUUAAACGAGUGGUUCCGUUAUGCCGAUCUGCCGGCGCUGGACGCCUCUGCCUUAGAGUUGCCCUACAAGGACUCUGACCACUCCAUGCUGAUCGUCCUGCCCAACAGCAGGACGGGUUUGUCCGCCCUAGAGGAGAAGCUGCGGGUGACGCCACUUUCGCUUAUUACACGGGCGCUGCAAAAGACUGAGGUGAGAGUAAAGUUGCCCAAGUUCAAGGCCGAGUUUCAAGUGGAGUUGACAGAUGUUUUCCAGCAGCUGGGCAUGUCGAAAAUGUUCACCGACCAAGCGGAGUUCGGAAAGAUACUGAAAAAGGACGAGCCCCUGAAGGUAUCGGCCAUCAUACACAAGGCCUUUAUCGAAGUGAACGAAAAGGGAACCAAGGCUGCGGCUGUCACGGGUGUGAUCAUGUUUCCGCUUUCAUUGACCAUUUACCCCCCGGAACUGAAACGCUUCACUGUAGAUCAUCCAUUUAAGUUCUACAUUCUCAAUAAGGACUCAACUGUUCUUUUUGCUGGCAGCAUACACGAAACGGAAUACCUGAAAGAUAUAGUAAACACCAUUCGUGGAGGUGACUCACUGCUCCCACUGCUCUGCCUGAUCCUCUCCCCCUAUCCGCUGGUCCGCUCAUCUGACGUCACCAUGGUCGACGCCGCCCACCAGGAGUUCGCCCGCCGACUCGCCCUCUUCUCUAUCAACGUCUACGAAAAGCUGUCGGCGCAGAAGCCCGGCGAGAACAUCGUCUUCUCGCCCUUCUCCAUCCAGACGUGUGCGGCGAUGGCCCGGAUUGGUGCAGAUGGCGAGACGGCCACUCAGUUAGACCAUGGUCUUGGUUUGGUCUCCAGCGACGCUGACCAAAUUGCCCACAGCUUCAAUCAAGUAUUGGCCGCCUACCAGAACAGCCAGGUCCUGCGAAUCGCCAACAAGAUCUUCGUGAUGGAGGGCUACCCGCUGCGCCAGGAGUUUGACCAGCUGCUGACCAAGGAGUUCCUCUCAGCGGCGCAGAGCGUCAACUUUGCCCAAAGCGCCCAGGCGGCGGCCACCAUAAACGGCUGGGUGGAACAGCGCACCAAUCACUUAAUAAAAGACUUGGUGCCGGCCAGCGCACUGGACUCCGACUCUCGACUGGUUCUGGUGAACGCAAUCCACUUCAAGGGCUCCUGGCAGCACCAGUUCCCCAAGCAUGCCACCCGCCCGGAGACCUUUUACCUGGAUGCAGCACGCAGCAUCCAGGUUCCGAUGAUGGGUUUGAAGGAGUGGUUCCGUUAUGCCGAUCUUCCAGCGCUGGAGGCCUCGGUCUUGGAGCUGCCCUACAAGGACUCUGACCUCUCCAUGCUGAUCGUCCUGCCCAACAGCAAGACGGGUUUGUCCUCCCUGGAAGAGAAGCUGCGUGCGAUGACUCUAUCGCUUAUUACAAAAGAGCUGCAAGAGACUGAGGUAGUAGUGAAGUUGCCCAAGUUCAAGGCCGAGUUCCAAGUGGAGUUGACGGACAUUUUCCAGCAGCUGGGCAUGUCGAAGAUGUUCACUGACCAAGCGGAGUUCGGCAAGAUGCUGCAGAGCCCCGAGCCUCUGAAGGUGUCGGCCAUCAUACACAAGGCCUUUAUCGAUGUGAACGAAGAGGGAACAGAAGCCGCGACUGCCACGGGCAUUGUGGAACGCGACUUUGUUUCCUUUGAGGAACCUAUUGAGUUCCUGGCAGAUCAUCCGUUCAUCUAUGCCCUUAUCCAUGAGGAAGACCUGCCCCUGUUUUGGGGCUCAGUUGUGCGGCUCGAGGAGAAUGACUCCGUCUCCAGCGAGCAUGAUGAGCUUUCGUUGCUCGGCUGCACCAGUUAUAGUGUCUGCCAGGUCAGUGGUGGUCCAAGGGGUUUCCAGUUAUCCGUUGAUGAGUCCACAGAAUUGGGUAGCUCUGGGAGGUCUGGAGGCUCGUUGCCUACCGACUGGUCGGUAACUCCCGCCCUGCAUCAGCUGGAUGACUACGAUCUCUGCCUGGAUAGGCCCACUGGUAGCUACUGCCUGGUAUAUGUAGAGAUGCUCCCCAAUGCAAGUUCUACUUUGUGGCUCCAAAUCGACGAGAGAAGAAAAUUUCUGGGCAAGGAAGUGAGCUCCUACGCCAAGCUCAUCAUUCCACUGCAAUUACAUAAAUUUAUGAAACCAAGCACAUCUUAUCCACGGUUGAUUUGGAUACUUACAGCUUGCUGGUUGCUCCCACUGCUCUGCCUGACUCUCUCCCCCUAUCCACUGGUCCGCUCAUCUGACGUCACCAUGGUCGACGCCGCCCACCAGGAGUUCGCCCGCCGGCUCGCCCUCUUCUCUAUCAACGUCUACGAAAAGCUGUCGGCGCAGAAGCCCGGCGAGAACAUCGUCUUCUCGCCCUUCUCCAUCCAGACGUGUGCGGCGAUGGCCCGGAUUGGUGCAGAUGGCGAGACGGCCACUCAGUUAGACCAUGGCCUUGGUCUGGCCUCCAGCGACGCGGGCCAAAUCGCCCACAGCUUCAACCAAGUAUUGGCCGCCUACCAGAACAGCCAGGUCCUGCGAAUCGCCAACAAGAUUUUCGUGAUGGAGGGCCAUCCGCUGCGCCAGGAGUUUGACCAGCUGCUGACCAAGGAGUUCCUCUCGGCGGCGCAGAGCGUCAACUUUGCCCAAAGCGCCCAGGCGGCGGCCACCAUAAACGGCUGGGUGGAGCAGCGCACCAAUCACUUAAUAAAAGACCUGGUGCCGGCCAGCGCACUGGACGCCAACUCUCGACUGGUUCUGGUGAACGCAAUCCACUUCAAGGGCACCUGGCAGCACCAGUUCCCUAAGCAUGCCACCCGCCCGGACACCUUUCACCUGGAUGCAGCACGCAGCGUCCAGGUUCCGAUGAUGGGUUUGAAGGAGCGGUUCCGUUAUGCCGAUCUGCCGGCGCUGGACGCCUCGGCCUUAGAGCUGCCCUACAAGGACUCUGACCUCUCCAUGCUGAUCGUUCUGCCCAACAGCAAGACGGGUUUGUCCUCCCUGGAGGAAAAGCUGCGUGUGACGCCUCUCUCGCUUAUUACACAGGCGCUGCACAAGACUCAGGUGGUAGUGAAGUUGCCCAAGUUCAAGGCCGAAUUCCAAGUGGAGUUGACGGACGUUUUCCAGCAGCUGGGCAUGUCGAAAAUGUUCACCGACCAAGCGGAGUUCGGCAAGAUGCUGCAGAGCCCCGAGCCUCUGAAGGUGUCGGCCAUCAUACACAAGGCCUUUAUCGAUGUGAACGAAGAGGGAACAGAAGCCGCGGCUGCUACGGGAAUGGUCAUGUGCUAUGCCACGAUGCUCUCUUUUGAGCCGGAACCCAUCCGAUUCCAUGUCCAGCAUCCAUAUAACUUUUACAUUAUCGAUAAGGACUCAACAAUUCUAUUUGCGGGAAAAAUACUAAAACUUUAGUCAUCAAAUUUGUGAUGCUAUCAUUCCGUUCACAUCCACCAAUGGUCUCACGUACAUUAAACUAAAUUCCACUGUCAUCUCAAUUUACAGGUAUGGUCAUGAUGCGCUGUUCGCUGCC